UUUCCAUUACAGCACAAUGAAUUACACAAUGAACAAGAACUCUCCAGUCCGCUGCUAACCAAAGAAACACAAAAACACAUACUCAGUAUUACCCAUCCGGAUGAUCCAAAUAUACCCAAGUACCCACCUAUAAGUAGCCCUGAAUUCAAAACUCGUAACACCUUUGGCUGGGCCCGUAUAGAGAUAUUGUCUAUGCUUGUUGUAUGCAUUACUUUGGCUUCAUUAUCAUUCUCCUUGCUGGUAGAGGCUUUACAGACAUUGGUGCACAUUGAUCAUCAGGAUUCGAUGCAUUUACCAUUCUAUGUUAUGAUUUUGGGUUUUGUCGGUUUGCUGUUGAAUUUUUUUACCUAUUUUGCUAUAGGUGGAUAUACACUGCAUCAGGGCAGCUUUUUGCACAUCAAUCCCACUGAUGGUAAAGUUGUUGUGGAACCUAGUAAUAUAACCAUUGACAGUGAUGCUAAUAUUUUGUCUAUUACGAAUGAUGUUAAAAAUGAUAUGCAAUUAAAGGAGGAUUUGAAGACGGAAUUGGGUAAAGUUCAUUAUCGUGCUAGAAGAGAAGGACCCACAGAAUUGUUGCGUGAUGUUAGUAGUACAAUAUUUGUGAUUGUUUGCGCAGUUAUUGUACAUUUUGCCGAUGAUAAGGAACACACUGCUAAAUUUAUUGAUCCAGUUUUGUCGAUAUUUUCCUGUGUGCUAGUGGUGGCUCUAAGUUAUCCAUACAUGAAAGAGGCCUGUUUGAUACUCCUCCAAACAAUACCCGGCAACAUUGAUAUGGAUAAUUUUGAGAGCACCUUGGUCAAGAAGUUCCCCCAAAUUGUCAGCUAUCACGAUCUACACAUAUGGCAGCUGUCAUCUCACAAAUACAUUGCCACCGUACACAUUAUCUUUGAAAAUCCCAAAAUGUACGAGAAAAUUCUUGAUGAUGUGCGUCAACAUUUUCAUGACCACAGCAUAACCAAUGUCACAAUACAACCCGAGUUUCAUAGUGAGAAUACGACAAAUUCUUCAUCGGAAUGUUUAGUGCAAUGUACACGUCCCGAGUGUUUGGAUAAGGUUUGUUGCAAGGAUUCCAUAACAGAUUUAAGAGAAGUAAGUGUUUGUUCGAGUAGCGAUGGACAUGAACAUCAUGAACACGAACACGAACAUGGCAAGAAAUCUUGUGGUAAAAGUAAAAAACAAAAAGAUCAUCAUGGUCAUGGACAUUCUCAUGCGCACAAACAUCAUGGACACUCUCAUGGUCACAGUCACAACAAACAUGAUCACUGCGAUCAUGAUAAACAUAGUCACAAUCACAAAGUUCAAGCUAAAGAAGUCCAAGAAGUUCCUAAAGAAAAUGCAACUAACAGCAACACACAAUGUGCUGCUUUAGCAACAGAAACAGUAAAAACAGAUGCCACUAACAGUAUUCCUGCCCCUUUGGAAGUAAAUGGAGAAAAUUCAGAUGAAACAUCAACAAAUGGUGAAACCUCUAUAAACACUUUAAAGGCAGAAAAGACUGAAAUAGCACAACUAAGUCCAGUACAAGACAGUCAGCAGCCACCAGCUUCUAAAGUUGUGGAGGUCGAUGGAGAAUUCACUAAAGAUCAGAACAAAUCUUAAUCAUUAACAAUCACACAUCUUUUUAGUGUUAUUUUAUACCUUAUAGAACCUUUAUGUUAAAAACCAUUUAAACUAUAUUAGCAUACUUAGGCAUUUAAGAAAUUGAACAAUUUUUCUAAACAUACGAUUUUAUUUUCUCUUUUUUUAAACUUCAACUAUUUUUAUAUUUUUUCGGAAAACAGACUCCAUUUUUCUAUUAAAAGCCAAAGAUUUCACCUUUUGUUUUGUCUGUUAAAGUUUUAACCAAACAAUUUUUUAUAAAUUUUAUUAUUUAAUAAGAAAGCUAUUAUAUAUUAACCUAUAAACACCCUUAUCUAACAGACAUUAUUACAUACGUAAAUAUGUAUUUUAGGAAUUUAUUAUACCACAAACAUUUAACAUUAAAUUUUACAUUAUUUCUUGUAUUUAAGUUUUUAUUUCAAACAAACAAAAGAAAUAUUAAAAAAGUAUUUCAUUUG